AUGAUAGAACUGGGCAAGAUGGACUUUUCAACCCUCUGGAAAGGCAAUUUGACCGCCAUGGCGGAGAACAUGACUGGCGGAAGAGGCUACUCCGGCAACAACAAGAUGAUGGAGAGCCUGCUGCCAAUGCUGGGUGGGCAGUUCAACCCCGUCGUCCGCUCCCUGAUGCUCUUAUACCAGAUGAUCGGUUCCAAUCUGGGAAUCGACCCGACACUGAUCCUGACUCUGGCGGGCUUCUUCUGGGCUGCUAACCGGGUCGUCCGCCAAGCAUACGGCGCAGUCUUCCGACUCGUCCAGGACAACUUUAUGAGCUCCAUUCACAUCUCAAGCACGGACGAGAUUUACACACACAUGAUGAAGUGGUUAGCACUUCAGCCGCUGAUGGCGAGUUCUCGUUCUCUGACCGCCGAGACUGUGAGUAAGACGGCGUGGGAGGAGGAGGAAGAGCUCGAGGCCCUGCAGACGAGGACUAUUGCCGGGAGUGGCAGCGGCGCGACCGAGUUUCUCAACUUUUCCAACCAAGAAGCCAAAGCUCCCCCGCGAUACGUCCCUGCUGUUGGUGUCCACGGCUUCUGGUACAAAAGCCGCUACUUUAGGCUCCACAGAAAGCAGCAAUCCGUCUUCGACGGCGAGGCAAACUACGGAACCUUUAGAAAGGAAGAGGACCUCAUCGUAUCGUGCUUCGGCCGGAGCCCGGAGCCCAUCAAGGAGCUGCUCCGCUUCGUCAAGGAGUUCUACUAUCAGGACCACUACGCCCGCACGACUAUCAAGCGGCCCAGCCCCGCGCCGAUGCGCCGGUACGGCGGCCGUUACAACUGGAGCCAGGUCGCCAACCGGCCCGUCCGGCCUAUGCGGACCGUCGUCCUCGACCCGAAGCAAAAGGGCCAGGUCCUCGCCGACAUGAACGAGUACCUUCAUCCAGCUACACCCCGCUGGUACGCCAACCGCGGCAUCCCGCUGCGUCGGGGGUACCUCUUCUACGGACCCCCCGGCACCGGCAAGACCUCGCUGUCGUUUGCGCUCGCCGGCGUCUUUGGCCUCGACAUCUUUGUCAUUUCCCUACUCGAGCCCACCCUGACGGAGGAGGACCUCGGAACUUUGUUCAACUCCCUGCCCCGCCGCUGCGUUGUGCUUCUGGAAGAUAUUGACACCGCAGGUCUCGCCCGUGUCGAAGAAGAGAGCGACGCCGCCGCCGCUCCCCCCCGCGGUACCAAAGACGGCGACAACAAAGCCGACAAGGAUGGCGGAAAGGACGAAAAGAGCAAAAAGGCAACGGCCACCACCACAAACAAGGACGACUGGAAAGUCUCCGACCUCGCUCGCGCCCUCAAAAAGGAAGUCAAGGACGACAAGAAGGGCAUCUCCCUCUCGGGCCUCCUCAACGCCAUCGACGGCGUCGCCUCGCAGGAGGGCCGCAUCCUCGUCAUGACGACCAAUAAGCCAGAAUCCCUCGACGAGGCCCUCAUUCGCCCGGGCCGCGUCGACCUGCAGGUCGGCUUCACGAACGCCACGCCGGGCCAGGCGACGGAGCUCUUCCAGCGCAUGUACGAGGCCGACGAGGCGAGCCCCGCGAAGCGCGUCGACGGGCACGUAGCGCCGCCUACGAACCCUGCGCCGCCCAUCGUAGUGAACGGCAACGGCAGUGCAUUCUCUUCUUCGUCGACGGCCUCGUCUUCGUCGUCGUCGACUCCCUCCUCGGCGCAGUCUUCUUUCGCCUCCCCGCCGUCAGAGAAGCUUUCAGCACCACCACCACCAUCAUCGCCAGAGGUCGCCGAGGCGGCGGCAGAGGCCGACAAGAAGCGCCACCAUUUCGACGCCGAGGAGCUGGGACGCAUCGCCGACGAGUUUAGCGAGCUGAUCCCCAACGGCCUCUUCAGCCCCGCCGAGAUCCAGGGGUUCCUGCUGAAGCGCAAGAAGGAUCCCCGGCGGGCGCUCCGGGAGACGGCCGCGUGGGUCGAGGGCAUGCGCCAGCAGAAGGAGAACAAGACCAAGGUGCUUAGAGUCCAGUGA